AUGUCGGAGGCGUAUCGAUACUGCCUUACGUGCGUGGAUCGUUUUACCCGCUGGACGGAAGCAAUUCCUUUGCGCGAUCAGGAAGCCACCACCGUCGCAAGGGCGUUUUACGAAGGAUGGAUCUCCCGAUUCGGAACACCGCUGCGAGUCACCACCGACCAGGGCUGGCAAUUCGAGGCACACCUCUUUAAGGAAUUAAACUCCUUAUUUGGCGCGGCUCAUCUGCGGACCACAGCCUAUCACCCCGCGGCCAAUGGCAUGGUGGAACGUUUCCACCGCCAACUGAAAGCGGCCAUCAGAUGCUACCAGCAUCACCGCUGGACCGAUGUGCUUCCAACCAUUUUGCUGGGCAUCCGCUCAGCAUGGAAGGAAGACUUGAAGUCAACAUCGGCGGGACUAGUUUACGGUCAACUGCUUCGCCUACCAGGCGAAUUCAUGGCGCCAUCGCCGCGUGAUAACGACGCGACGAAUUUCGCCGAGCAGUUGCGAAGCCAUUUCCGCGAAAUCGGACCGACCGAUGGGACUCAGCACGGCAUCCCGCGAGUAUUUGUAUAUAAAGACUUACAUACGUGCAAAUAUGUGUUCCUUCGUAGGGACUCAUCAAAGACAAUCUUGCAACUACCGUACAAUGGUCCCUACGAAGUAGUGAAUAGAGACAAUAAGACUUUAUCACUUAAGAUAGAUAAUAAGCUUAGGUUAGUAUCAAUAGAUAGGGUAAAGCCUGCAUACAUCACAGCUGAAGAUAUCGUGAUACUACCGGAUCGAACACAAUCCAUACCUUUUGACAGUUAUACACGAUCCGACACUGAAUCAGCGCGAGACUCUACAGCACCACCAUCUGUAACAAACGCGCAACACACUCACACUUUACCACCUGUUUCUGCGCAUCACACUGAAACAACAGUGCGUUUUUCAACACGAUCCUAA